AUGGCGAGGUCCUCAAGAGGAAUGUAUUGCUGGGCAAUUUCCACCCUCUUGUGCUUGUUGAUAUUGUCUCUGGUUUCACCAUCAGCGGCGGUCAAACACCAUGAUUUCAAGCGAUGCGAUCAGUCCGGCUUCUGCAAGAGAAACAGAGCUCUUGCAGACUCUAUGAUUCAAGCGGGCAGCCCUGAUACCUCCCCCUACAAUCUCGACGCUCCCUCUAUCAAAUUCAAGAAUGGGGUUCUUGAGGCCUCCAUCAUCAAAUCCAUUCCCAAUACCGUUCCUGUGAGACUACCCUUGACCGUUACCUUCCUCGAUCGAGGCAAUGUCAGAGUUACUGUCGAUGAGGAAAAGCGCCAGAAGGGCGACAUUGAGCUACGCCACGACAGUCCUGUCAGGAAAGAGAGAUAUAACGAAGCCGGGGCUUGGGCUUUGACCGGAGCCGGCCUCCAAUCCCAGAAGUCUGCUGUCCUGGCAAGGGCUUCUAAGGGCGUCAGCGAAGUCUCCUGGGGCCCUGAUGGUCGCUUCAAAGCAGUCAUCCGCCAUGCGCCCUUCGGCGUGGAAUUCUACACGGGAGAAGAAAAACAAGUUGCAUUCAAUGGUCGUGGUUUCUUGAACGUUGAACACUGGAGACCAAAGAUCGACAGACCGGCCGUUGAUGAGAACUCCACCGAACAACAGACUGUUGAGCCAGUCGAGGACGAAAGUACCUGGUGGGAAGAGACUUUUGGUGGAAAUACCGACUCCAAACCCAAAGGGCCCGAAAGUGUGGCACUGGACAUUACCUUUCCGGGCUAUGGCCACGUUUAUGGCUUAGCUGAGCAUGCUGGCCCCUUGUCGUUGAAGCAAACUCGUGGUGGAGAAGGGAAUUAUGACCAGCCAUACCGCAUGUACAACAGUGACAUCUUCGAGUACGAGCUCGACAGUCCAAUGACCCUCUAUGGCUCCAUCCCGUUCCUUCAAGCCCACAAGAAGGAUUCCACUGUUGGAGUCUUCUGGUUGAACGCCGCCGAGACCUGGGUGGAUAUCACCAAGGCCAGACGGGAUACUAAUCCCCUCACCCUUGGUCUAAGUGGUGGUGUUGUUGAUACGCAGACACACUGGAUGUCUGAGAGUGGCCUCUUAGAUAUCUUUGUCAUGCUGGGACCAACGCCGCAACAUCUCGCCAAGUCAUAUGGCGAGUUGACUGGUUACACUCAGCUACCAGCAACUUUCGCCAUGGCCUAUCACCAGUGCAGAUGGAACUAUGUUAGCGAUGAAGACGUCAAGGAUGUCGACCGCAAGUUUGAUAAAUACAAUAUCCCAUAUGAUGUGAUUUGGCUCGAUAUCGAAUACACCGACGAUAAGCAAUACUUCACCUGGGACGCAUUGAAUUUCCCGGACCCGAUCUCGAUGGAGAAACAACUAGACGAGAGCGAACGUAAACUUGUGGUCAUCAUUGACCCGCACAUCAAGAACAAGGGUGGCUACUCGGUUGGAGAAGAACUUAAGAGCAAAGGUCUUGCGGUCAAGAACAAGGAGAACAACAUCUUCGAAGGAUGGUGCUGGCCCGGAAGUUCCAAUUGGAUCGACGCAUUCAACCCCGCCGCGAGAACCUGGUGGAAGUCCCUCUUCUCCUUUGACAAAUUUAAAGGCACCAUGCAGAAUGUAUGGCUCUGGAACGACAUGAAUGAACCGUCAGUUUUCAACGGGCCAGAGAUCACCAUGCCACGAGAUAACAUUCAUCAUGGUAAUUGGGAGCAUCGGGAUUUGCACAAUAUCAAUGGUAUGACUUUUCAUAAUGCCACCUAUCAUGCUCUACUAGAGCGGAAGAAGGGCGACGUUCGACGUCCGUUUGUGCUUACCCGGUCCUUUUACGCCGGCUCCCAACGAUCGGCUGCUAUGUGGACGGGUGAUAAUCAGGCCAACUGGGAACAUUUGGCUGCGUCCAUCCCCAUGAUCCUCAAUCAAGGAGUGAGUGGAUUUCCAUUUGCUGGGGCUGAUGUUGGAGGUUUCUUUGGAAAUCCCAGCAAAGAUCUCCAGACUCGGUGGUAUCAAGCGGGUGCAUUUUAUCCUUUCUUCCGAGGACAUGCACAUAUCGAUACUCGAAGACGCGAGCCCUACAUGCUUGGAGAACCUUACACCGGCAUCAUGACACAGGCCUUACGCUUGCGCUAUGCACUCCUUCCUGCCUGGUAUACCGCGUUUCACGAAUCAUCUACGGAAGGGUAUCCUAUUGUACGAUCACAGUACUACGUCCACCCUAAAGACGAAAAGGGUUAUGAAAUUGAUGACCAAUUUUACCUGGGAUCAACCGGUCUUCUGGUCAAGCCAGUAACUAAGGAAGGGGCUGACAGUGUGGACAUCUACCUGUCUGACGAGGAGAACUACUUUGAUUACUUCGACUACACGGUCUACAAGGGUGGUCUCAAGACACAACGAAUUGCAGCACCUCUGGAAAAGCUACCCAUCUUGAUGCAAGGUGGCCAUAUUAUUCCUCGCAAAGAUCGACCUCGAAAGAGUUCGGGGCUUAUGAAGUGGGAUCCUUACACGCUUGUUGUGGUAUUGAGCAAAACGGGAGAGGCGAAGGGCACCAUCUACGUGGAUGAUGGUGAAACCUUUGGCUAUCAACAAGGUGCAUAUGUGCACAGAGCGUUGACGUUCGCCGAUAAUCGGUUGACCAGCAGCAAUCUCGGGACCAAAGGCAGCAAGACUGCGUCAUAUCUGAAGACGAUCCAGGAGGUAACGGUCGAGAAAAUCAUCGUCGUCAAUGCUCCUGACGCUUGGGCUACCCAAAGCGAGGUUCUGGUGACUGAUGGCCAGUCGCAAGGAGCCAAGGCCGAAUUGACUUAUCAUGCAGCAGUUGGGGGCAAGGCAGCUUGGGCGACUGUUCGGCGCCCAGAUGUGCAAAUAGGGGCGGAUUGGAGUGUCGCAUUUGGGGAUACCUUACGAGACAAGACAGACCUUUAA